AGUUGUUUUCAGCAUCGAGAGAAACUCCGGUUUUUCGCUGAAAACUCCCUUCUCAGAGUUUUAUUCGCAAGGUUUUUACAUAUUCAUCGCCAGUUUUUUACAUAUUCAUCGCCAGUUGUUUCAUAAGUUUUAUAAAAAAAUAAUAAAAAAAAAUUAGUAGAUUCAUAAAUAUAUUAAAACCCUUUUAGGUAGUUUCCCUCAAUAUGGCGCUUAUACCCAUCGAUCCGUCCAAGUGGAACUUGGUUGGCACGGAUUAAUAUGAGAACUUUCCCGAGCAGGGCGAAUGCGAGUUGACUCUGCAGAUCGUGGGCCCGAACGGAUCGGAUUCUCGGCCUGUGACUUUCCGAGUCAGGCGGGAGAAUACUUCUCUGAUCCUCAGGGAUGGAUACGAGACGUUCGAUUGGCACACGUUCCUCCAUCACGUUGAGCGUUUCCGCAUCGAGACCCGCGACCUCUAUGAGAGGUUGAUCCAAAAGACGGAGCUGGCGGGGUACUACAUGGGGAUGGCACAGUCCGCCACGGCUGUGGACACAGUCCGCCUGCAGUCGGACAUCUCCCUACUGCGGGAGCAGGCGGCUUCGGAGGUUGCAGGUGCACGCCAUGAGGCAGCGAUGCACAACCAGUUGAUAGCAUGACGACGGGGAAGACGGGCCUGGGGCGCCAACACAAAAGUCUCGGUUGACUUUUUUAGACGACGCCGAGUCAGUGGCUGAGUCGCUGAAGGUGGAGUUCGACCCAAUGGACGUCUGCACCUGGCGUCCUUGGUUCCGUGGGAAGACUCCCUACGAGAUUGAGAAGCAGCUGAAGCACAUUUUUCUUCGCGGCGAGGCACCCCGCACUGCGCCAGUGAAUGAUGCCUUCCAGGCGGUCCUGCGGUGGCUGUUGGCGGCGGAGGCCGACCCGCGGUAUUGGGCUGACCACCAGGGCACUGGGCGCAGGAUGGGUUUGACGUUGUUUUACAGGGUCAAUGGAUCCUCGUACAAGAUGACGGAGACUGAGUUUCUGCAGGCGUGCGAGGAGAACUCGUACAAUUUCGACCCGCUCCUCAAAGUUCUACGUUUGUCUGGCAAGAAGGACGCCUACAAGACGAAAGGGUCUUCUGGCCCCGCGAAAGGCAGCGGCGGAGGUAGGAAACUGGUCGACGGACCCCGCGAGCUUGGAGAAGGUGAGUCGACCACAGGUUCGGCGACCGACAUUGGUGGAGAUUGCAAAGUUGGUGCCGCACACAAAUUUCGGAGGGGUGGCAAGCCGGCCGCACUCGUCACUACCGCCGGGAACGUCGGUAAACGAUCAUCGAAUGUUUUGGGACGGGUUGGAGGCGGUGCCCCCUCACCUGUCGGCUCUGAGGAGCCAGGUCAACGAAGUGGCGGCAGACAUGUACGAGCCGACCACAUGGGAGCAGCGCACAUCACUGCUCAGAGGCUUUCAGUCGUUUUGCCUCGAAGCCGGACUGCCGCUCAACCUCGACGCGGUGCCGGUUUUCCUGGAGUCGAAGGAGCUCAAGUACUCUACCAAGGUGCAGUACGGCACCACACUGAAGUCCCUGCUCACGAGGGAGAUAGCGGUGGUAGACGCGUACCUGGCGGGAUGCCGGAAGCGCGAGGCAAAGGAGGAGGUGCGUCAGGCAGCACCGAUCACACCAGCGGACAUGCGGGCCCUGGUGGAAGGGGCCCCUUCGUGGGCCGACGCCACUGUGAUGCAGUUGGCAUGGAUGACCGCGUCGCGGUGGGGGGAGGUGAAGGAUCUCCGAGGGGAGAACCUGCUGCCACAACCGGACGGGUCGGUGAUUUUGGACUGGGCAGCCAUUCCAAAAACGGCAAAGAUCAAUCCAUACCGCGCACAUCGGUAUGUGAAGUUGCAGGGUCCCAUGGCCCAGGAGCUGCGAAAGUUGAAGGCUCAGGUCGGGGAGAGCGGCAAGCUGACUGGGCUCACGACGACACAAAUCGCACAGCGUCUGCGCGAGCGCGGAUACUCAGCACACUCCAUCAAGCGAGGAGCUCUUCAGUCAGCGGCACAGCUGGCCCAAGAGCACGCACUUCCCCCACGCUCGGUGGUGGCUCUCGCGAAGCACGCAGACCCUCUGGAUAUACCGACGACGACGGUUCGCUACAUGGGCCCAAAAACCACGGAACUCACGAAUUCUCACGUGCUGCCGGGUUUACUCGACCGUUUGGUUUUUCGGAAGUGA